GCUGCCCCGCCCCUCCCCCGCCCGCCGCCAGGCCGGGCCCCGCCACCGUCGCCCGGCGGCGCCGACCGAGCGCCCGGCCACCCCCGGGCCCGGCGCCUGCCCCUGCCCGGGCCCGGGCUCGGCGCGGCCCGCCGCGGGGAGGAUGGGGCAGCCGCGGAGCCCGGGUAACGGCAGCGGCCCGGCGGCGCCAUGACCGGCGAGAAGAAGAAGAAGAAGCGGCUCAACCGCAGCGUCCUGCUGGCCAAGAAGAUCGUCAUCCGCGACGGGGCCAGCCGACAGGGGAUUGGAGAACCCAGUGUGUACCAUGCCGUAGUGGUUAUUUUCCUGGAGUUUUUUGCCUGGGGGUUGCUGACCACUCCUAUGUUAACGGUGUUACACCAGACUUUUCCUCAGCAUACGUUCUUGAUGAAUGGCCUGAUUCAUGGAGUCAAGGGCCUGCUUUCUUUUCUAAGUGCCCCGCUGAUAGGUGCUCUCUCUGAUGUUUGGGGCAGGAAAUCCUUCCUCCUCCUCACUGUGUUCUUCACGUGUGCGCCAAUUCCCCUUAUGAAGAUCAGUCCAUGGUGGUAUUUUGCUGUCAUUUCCAUGUCUGGAGUCUUUGCUGUCACCUUUUCUGUGAUUUUUGCCUAUGUUGCUGAUAUCACACAGGAGCAUGAACGCAGCACAGCAUAUGGCUUGGUGUCAGCCACGUUUGCUGCCAGUCUGGUCACAAGUCCAGCAAUCGGUGCAUACCUUUCCCAAGCCUACGGUGAUACGCUGGUGGUUGUGCUAGCUUCAGGUGUUGCUUUGCUGGAUAUUGGUUUCAUCUUGCUGGCUGUGCCAGAAUCUCUGCCUGAAGAGAUGCGCCCAGUCUCCUGGGGAGCUCCCAUCUCUUGGGAGCAAGCAGACCCAUUUGCUUCCCUGCGGAAAGUGGGUCAGGAUUCUACAGUGCUACUCAUCUGUAUCACCGUCUUUCUCUCCUACCUUCCUGAAGCUGGCCAGUACUCCAGCUUCUUCCUGUACCUGCGACAGGUCAUUGGUUUUUCCUCGGAGACUGUAGCAGCCUUUAUUGGUGUAGUUGGAAUUCUCUCUAUACUGGCCCAGACAGUAGUGUUGGGAAUUCUUAUGCGUUCAAUAGGAAACAAAAACACCAUCUUAUUGGGAUUAGGCUUCCAGAUCCUGCAGCUUGCCUGGUAUGGCUUCGGAUCACAGCCUUGGAUGAUGUGGGCAGCAGGAGCUGUGGCUGCUAUGUCUAGUAUCACGUUCCCAGCCAUUAGUGCCAUGGUGUCUAGAAAUGCUGACCCUGACCAACAGGGUGUAGUUCAAGGGAUGAUCACUGGAAUUCGGGGUCUAUGUAAUGGACUGGGGCCAGCUCUCUACGGCUUUGUCUUCUAUCUCUUUCAUGUGGAGUUGAAUGAAAUGGCUGAGGUGGAAACUUUAGGUAAAGCUCCAAAACCCAACAUGGCCAACCCUACAGAUGAGAGCAGCAUUAUCCCAGGGCCUCCUUUCCUCUUUGGGGCAUGUUCUGUCCUGCUGUCGCUCCUAGUGGCCUUGUUCAUUCCAGAACACAACCUUGCACUGAGAUCAGGCAGCCACAAGAAACAUAGCAAUGGAGCCCAGACCCACAGCCCGCAGGCUGGAGGAUCGGAUGGCAAGGAGCCCCUGCUCGAGGACAGUAGUGUAUGAGGUUGGGAGAGAGGAGCCUGGCUUGUGUCUCAAUUCCAGAUCAAGAACAAGACUUAGCCAGCUGGAGUUUGGGGAGAAAGAGGGUGGGGGGAGAGAAGAAAUGAGGUAAUGGACUAUACCAUCAACAGCUAAUGAGAAGGGAAACGGUUUCCCUUCAAGCCAAAUAUAUCCAGCUGGUGCAAAAAUGGAAUUGUAUCAUCUGGUGCUGAUGGAAAGGGGAGAUACUGAACUGCACUACAUGAAGGAACAGUUCUUUAAAGCAAACCUGCUCUCGUAUGUGAAUACUGAACUUCAUGGUGUGACCUGCCAAAUACUCAACUUGCCAGUGAAAAAUUAAGGAACUAGCUUUGUCUCUGUUCUAAUGUGAACUAACUGAUCUGCCAACAAGAAUAAAACAAGGCAUCUGUUACAUGCCUCCAUCCCCUUAUAUAAUUGGUACUUGCUACUCAUCCCAUUACAGCUCAAUUGGCAAACCUUCUCAGGCCUGGGAGGGGGUGAAAGCUGUGUUAUGCAGUAUAUGCAGCUUGUACUGUGAUAAUACACUAAGGAGGAAGUGGUGUGUGUAUGAAGAAUAGAUACUAUAGUCAACACCUUUGAGUAGAUCCUCAUUGCUUGAGGAUCUGAUGAAUUUGUCCAUUCCAGCCCAAGUGAAACUCGGACGAAAAAUAAAAAGACUUUACUGUUGUGAUGAAGGUAACAAAAGUUAAGGAGUAAAGUUGCAGCUGAGACUGUCCUUAGUUCACAAGGGAGAAUGGGCAGAUGAUGGAAAGGCAAUUGUAUGAAUUACAAAUGUUUAGAUGGUUGGCAACAUUUGUAUUUCUGUUGGACUUGGGUUUUUUUUCUUUUUCUUGUUGAAUAAUUACACUAAGGUAACACUGGUUUACAGUUACCUCCAGAGGGGACUUGAAAGGUUUUGGGGUUUGUUUUGUUUUGUUUUUAAAUCUCUUUUCUGGAACUGGAAAGGUUAUUUAGAAAAUAUAGUUCCUUGAGAGGUUGGAGAAACAACUAAACUCUGCUAAGCACUUUGAUAAAGCAUAGUUUCCUGAGAAUGGUCAGAGAAAUAGCUGUUUAUCUUGAGCGCUUUUAUAAAGCAUGCUGUUUUGUUUUGUCUUUUCUUUUUCCCUCAAACUGCUGCCAUCUGAUGUUAAAACCAGAUAAUAACUGUAGCUUGUUGUGCUCAGUCCAAAAGAUCUUGAUGAUGUUUACAAUUGACUUGAACUUACAGGUUUGGAUUCCAUGUAGCAUUUCUGAACCUGCUAUGAAUGCUUUCAUUUUAUUGAAAAAUGAAAUUGCAGCCUCAGCUGCAGGGUUCAGCUCAGUUUAAAAAGAGAAGCAGAUACUUGAACUUGAGUGUUGUGGAAGAAGCGAAGAGAAAUGUAUAUGAAAGCUUUGUUGUUUAUAGAUGUAUAGAGGUAUUGUGAAGUGGGCAGGAAACAGUUGUUCUCAUUUGAGUGAGAUCAGAAAUAAUGGGAUUGAGCAAUCACUGGGGAAGUAAAUACCAAAUUAGGAACACUUAAGAAAUUAGUUGCUAAGGGAAUUGAGAAUACAAUUGUCAAAAAUAGUCCUGCCUCAGUCCUGCCUCAGAGUGUAAUAUGUAUAAGAGCUGUCUAGUUCUUUGGCUGGGAUCAUUUAUCUGUGGAUUUGUGACAGAUAACUUAGGAGAGAAAGGCCAAAGGGAGUACUGAGUACUGUCAUGUAAUGUCUUGUUUGUUUGUGAAUGAGAAAUCACAGCUGAUGUUGUGCCUAUGCAGCAGUGAUCACAAAUGCCAUUUGCCUCUGGAUUUAAUGAGAAGUACCAGCUGGACAGCCCUGAAGAUCCCAGUGCCCUGAUUUUCAGCAGGUGCAAGUAUGGGGACCAUCACAGCAAAACCCCUGCUCUGCCCUGACCGUGCAGCUCAUCCCUCUCCUGGAGCGUCUGCUUCGGGAGGGUGAAGAGACGGGGUCUCCAGGGCACGUUCAGCUUCUGAGCUCUUCCGUGAGCUUGUCAGAGGAGAGGCAGGUUAACGUUAGCUUUGGAUGGACUGAGAUCUGCAAUUUCAUGUAAGUCACUUAAAAGCCCCUUGGAUAUUAGCAGCUUGGAAUCACUGCUUACCUAGGCUGGGCUGAACUAAUAACAUAAUGUCCGUUUACCAGUUUUCUGAACCAAUUAGUUAUUGGAGGUGGCCAUUGAAAUGAAAUAAUUCUGAGUUUAUUUAGUGUUAAUCUUGCCUGGUACCUGGAUCCUGUAAUCGGAACUGAAAGAGUAGAUUCUUGUCUGUGCGGAGGGCAGUUACCCAGGGCGAUCUGAUGAUACAGGGCUUUGCUUAUGCAGAUCUAAUUGCAGGAUUGGAGAACAGAGCUAGCAAAAAGUUUCACUGACCUACAGUGACUCCAGUUUUCUCAAGCUUAUUGUGGUGAUGCCCCAAAUUUUCAAAUGUUCCUGGGACAGUCUGUACUGUAUAUGCACAGCAGACUCCUUACCUGAAGGAAAUCCACUCAUCUAAACUUCUGCACAACAACCCCAACUCUACUGCUCACAGAAAUGGCUUUUUUUAAACUGAAGCUUUACCAAGUAAAUCUGCCAGUUCAUUUAUUUACACUGUGUAUGAAAAUCAACUGAAGUACUUUUGUCCCUCACACAAAAAUGAAAGGAAACAAAACACUGAAUCGUUACCUCAUUCACACUGAGGCACUCAGAACUUCACGGGUAAAAUAGAAUGUUACAAAGAAGACAGACAUAAUUUAUAUAAUAUAAAUUAUAUAUAUAUUUUUAAGAGUCCUUUCUUUUAUUUAAUAGUUUAUUGAAACCGAUGUGUUUCUAAUCCAAUUCCCUUUCACCACUGCUGCUGCCUGAGGCUUCUCAGCCUUUCGUUCCUUGGACCGUGGAGCUAACCAGGCAAGCUUCACUUCUUGGUCCUCUUCCGUCACGACGUGGUACCCCAGUUUCCAGUAACGCUUGAAUUCCUCAGGUUUGUUACUAGUUGAUCUAAGUGUUUUAGAACACUUCCUAAGUCCCUGAACUUGGGCCCAGAAGGUGUAAGCUAUUUUACUGCGUCUUGGCUGCAGUCUGGCCGUUUGUGCGAGGCUCCAGCUCUGAAGCAGCUGGUUUCUUCAGCUGCCUGGUCUGCGCUUGCACAUCUCCAGGUUAAGGGAGUGCGAUUGUGGUAGUUACACCAGCAGAAGUCACGCUGGACGCAGUUAUCGGCGCAGAGGUGCGAGCUUGCGUAGCUGUCCUUAGCGGUGCCGGUGGGGGUCAUCUUUCACUUCAUGCUGGAGAAGCUGCGUUGCCCCAGCGCGUCCAGCCCGGGGCAGGUGUCGGGCCCGGGCGAUGAUGGCAGCGCGGCGCCGUGCUCCGGGACUCGGGUGCCACGUGGUGACGGGACGGCUUGCGUUCCUCCAAAACCCCACUCGCUACUGGCAGCGGAAGCGGGCCACAGUUUGUUUCCACGUUUUUGGAAUUUUUUACCUUGUUCGGUGGGAGAGGCCAUCUUAAACGAAACUCUUCUCCCCCUUACGCGUAGGGAUGUGACCCACCAUUCUGCCUUUUAAGUGAAGGAGAAGGACUUGGGCCAAGCUGUGGAGGGGCUGAAAUUACUGGACCUGAAUGAAGAAUGUCACUAUUCUGAAGGGCUGGUAAUUUUGCAGCAUUUUCUGUGGAGACUGGAAAAUCUGUACAGAGUAUUCAGCUAGUUUUGCCAAUUUUUGUUACUUUAUAACAAAAUGUGACUUUUUUUUAAAAGAGCCUUUUCUUAAAAUCCCCAUGAUCUGCUGAGUAAUGACUGAUCCUGGCUGUGUUACAUCAGUAUUUCCAUAAUUUGUCUGCAGUGGAUUAUAGUUCAGGUCGGUAACAGCAAUGCCCCUAACAUAAGGCAAAAAUUGGCUUAAUUGUCCUUCUUCUGCAGCUUCAGUAUUAAUUGCGGCAGUUCAAGUAAUGCAACAAGAUCAGUUUUUAAACUUAACAGUGCAUUAAAAACAUUACUUUCUCUUUUGCCAUUAUUUUUGAAAAAUAGUAACUUUUUACUUUACUGGGUUUUGUUAUUUUCUCUGCACUUGAAUGGCUGUGGGCAUCUGGUUAUUUUCGAAAAAGCGCAGGCAUGUGGCAAGCCCACAUUCGCUGAAGGGUGGUGGUACCUCUGCUCUUGCAGUUUAAGUUUUACUAUUGCGUGCAUUUCUGUAUUUUUUUUGUUCUUGUUUUUUUCUUAAGCUAAUGAUGGAAUGUAUUUAUUUUACUUCAAAUUGUGUUUAGAACUGGCUAAUCUCUCCCUCUGAUGGAUUAUUUAUUAAACUGCUACUUUCCUGUUGUGGUGAA